AUGACAAGACUUUAUGGUGAUAAUACUGAAAACAAAAUGGGGACUGCUUCGGACAAAGAGAUGCAGACAGGAGCUGAAGCCGUUUCUUUAAGAUCUCCUAGUAACGAGGUGUGUGCGGAUUAUAUUUUGGAUACCCUUGAGAUUAAAGAGAAGGAAAUAGAUGAGGCCUGUAAGAGGAUAAAGCGUGAAAUCGACGAUCUGGGCCCUGAAGUUGGUGACAUUAAAAUCAUUCCAUUAUAUUCUACGCUUCCACCACAACAGCAGCAGAGGAUUUUUGAGCCACCCCCUCCAAAAAAACCAAAUGGUGCAAUAGGACGAAAGGUUGUUGUAUCCACUAAUAUCGCUGAGACAUCAUUGACAAUAGAUGGUGUUGUAUUUGUCAUUGAUCCUGGAUUUGCUAAACAAAAGGUAUACAAUCCUCGGAUAAGAGUGGAAUCUCUCUUGGUAACUGCAAUAAGUAAAGCUUCUGCCCAGCAGAGAGCUGGCCGUGCUGGUCGUACUAGACCAGGCAAAUGUUUUCGAUUAUAUACAGAGAAGGCUUACAAAACUGAGAUGCAGGACAAUACGUAUCCUGAGAUUCUGAGGUCCAACUUGGGUUCUGUCGUAUUACAGCUGAAGAAACUUGGCAUAGAUGAUUUGGUUCACUUUGAUUUUAUGGAUCCACCAGCACCAGAAACCCUGAUGAGAGCCCUAGAGCUUUUGAAUUACCUAGCUGCUUUAAAUGAUGAUGGAGACUUGACUGAAUUGGGAUCCAUGAUGGCAGAAUUUCCACUUGAUCCACAGCUGGCUAAAAUGGUUAUUGCAAGUUGCGACUACAACUGUUCUAAUGAGAUUCUGUCUAUAACUGCCAUGCUGUCAGUCCCACAGUGUUUUGUUCGCCCCACGGAAGCCAAGAAAGCAGCAGAUGAAGCCAAGAUGAGGUUUGCCCACAUAGAUGGAGAUCAUUUGACGUUGCUGAAUGUCUACCAUGCUUUCAAACAGAAUCAUGAAUCGGUUCAGUGGUGUUAUGACAACUUCAUUAACUACAGGUCCCUGAUGUCUGCAGACAAUGUACGCCAACAGCUGUCACGAAUCAUGGACAGAUUUAAUUUGCCACGUAGAAGCACAGACUUCACAAGCCGGGACUAUUACAUCAAUAUAAGGAAGGCUUUAGUUACUGGUUACUUCAUGCAGGUAGCACAUUUGGAACGGACGGGACACUAUCUAACAGUGAAAGACAACCAGGUAGUGCAGUUACAUCCUUCUACAGUUCUUGAUCACAAGCCUGAAUGGGUGCUUUACAAUGAAUUUGUCCUCACCACAAAGAACUAUAUCCGAACUUGUACAGACAUCAAGCCAGAAUGGUUGGUGAAAAUAGCCCCUCAAUAUUAUGACAUGAGCAAUUUCCCACAGUGUGAAGCAAAGAGACAGUUGGAUCGCAUCAUUGCCAAACUUCAGUCCAAGGAAUAUUCACAGUACUGAAUUUAUUGUUUGAAUUGAAGUUGCUCAGAGGACAGCUGAAACAAUGACUGAACUCUAAGUUCCAAGUUGUGCUCUUCGCUUUGGUUCAAUAAUGGCCUUUAUUUGAAAGCUUUUUAAUUUUUCUUUACAGUAAAUAUUCCAUUCUGAUUUCAUAAAUUAAACAUGUAUGCCUCCCUUUUGUGUUCACACUGUAGCUCAUACUGGAAAAGCUGAUCAAUGUUUUGCAGUUUAUUAAAAGUAGUUCUAUAUAUAUAACAAUGUUAUAAGCAUUUCUUUAGAAAUGGUUGAAAAUGCUUCUAAAAUGUGAUUUAUCGACCAUGGUAUGCAUGAUCGUUGUAAUUGUUGACAUUCCUUUUAGAAGUUGUGAAAUGUUACAACGUGCUUAUGUAGACACAAUCUUCAGCUUCAGUACAAAGGUACUGACUUCAAUAAAAUCUAUUUAUACUAAA